AUGUCGUCGCCCAGACCUUCCUACUGGUGCUACCGCUGCAACCGAUUCGUCCGAGUGUGGAGCCAGGCACAGCAAGACGACGAUCCAGUUUCGUGCCCCAAUUGCGAGACCGGGUUUGUGGAGGAGAUCGAGCAUCCUCCUCAGAUGACAUCGAUGGAGACGCGCCCCCAUCGCCGGGGAUUCCCUGCGGCUAUGUUCAUACCGGAGCAGAGAAGAGGCGGGGUCCGGGGAGGAGUCGGUGGAAGGCGGAACGGUGGAGGAGGAGGGGACAGAUCGCCGAUUAAUCCGGUCAUCGUGCUCCGCGGCGGAGCGGACAGUGGGAGCCAGAGUGGGAACAGCUUCACCAGUACCGGGAACGGCGGCGAGAGCGGAGGAGGCGGAGGCCGUGGAUUCGAGUUGUAUUACGACGACGGCGCCGGUUCUGGAUUGAGGCCGCUGCCGCCGAGCAUGUCGGAGUUUCUGCUCGGAUCUGGAUUCGAGCGGCUGCUGGACCAGUUGUCGCAGAUCGAAUUGAACGGGUUGAGUCGGUACGACCAUCCCCCGGCGUCGAAGGCGGCAAUCGAAUCGAUGCCGACGGUAAUCAUCAACGAGAGGCACACCUCCACGGAGUCCCACUGCGCGGUGUGUAUGGACGCUUUCGAGAUCGAAUCGGAGGCCCGGGAAAUGCCGUGUAAGCAUCUCUACCACUCCGAUUGCAUCCUCCCCUGGCUCUCUCUCCGCAAUUCGUGCCCUGUCUGCCGCCACGAGUUGCCUGCGGCGGACGAGGACCGAUCCGUCAGCGAGCAGGGCACGAGCGAGGCCGGCGAGGAGGAAGCGGUCGGGUUGACAAUCUGGAGGCUACCGGGCGGCGGGUACGCGGUGGGGCGGUUCACUGGAGCCAUGAGGGGAGAAAGGGAGCUCCCGGUGGUCUACACCGAAAUGGACGGCGGGUUCAACAACAGCAGCAACAACGGGGGCUUGCCUCGACGGAUCUCGUGGGGAUCGAGAGGGAGCCGAACCCGGAGGGACAACAUCGGUUCCGGCAGCGGCAGCAACCGCGGCGGGGUGCUUGGCCUGGGCCGGGUUUUCCGGCACUGGUUUGCUUGUUUCGGCAUGGGGGAGAGCUCAGCUUCUAGAUCUAGACGGAUGACCAGUCGGUCGCCGUCCUUCAUCGUGACGACUUCGUCGGCGAGAAUAAAUCGGUGA